CUCGUGGUGGCUGUGUUUUGGGAGCUCCUCGGUUUGUUGCGGCACGGUCUGGCGGGUUCUGACCGGACCGAGAAGGCGCGAGGGGAGAGGCUGCCCCCGCCGCACAGACUGAGGCCCGCGGCAGGCGACGCCACCCGGGCUGCCCAGCGCGGGGGCCGGGGCAGGGAUCGCCGGCCCGGGUGUCCGCUCCGUCACUGAGUCCGAUGGCGGCGGCCGAGCCCAGGAACCCGGCUGAGGACAAUGUGACUUUGGAGGAUGUGGCCGUGUACUUCUCCUGGGAGGAAUGGGGUCUCCUUGAUGAGGCUCAGAGAUGCCUGUACCAUGAUGUGAUGCUGGAGAACUUGGCACUGAUAACCUCUCUGGAUUGUUUGUGUGGCAGAGAGAGUGAGGAGGCAACUUUCGGACAGAAUGUUUCUCUGGGAAGAAUGCUACAGAUCAGGAUCUCAGAGCCAAGUCCAACCACCCAGAAGAUUCAUCUCUGUGAGAAGCAUGUUCCUGUCAUUAUCUAAUUUGUACCUGGAUGAGCAUCAAGGAACACAUCCUGGGCAGAAAUCAUACACAUGUGUGGCAUGUGGAAAAUAAUUCUGUUUCAGUGUAAAUCUUCACCAACACCAGAAUGAGCACAGUGGGAGAAAACCAAAUAGUGAGAACAUGGACAGGACUUCCUUUGUGAAGACCUAUGGACGCCAUUCAUUAGGGAAGCCUUUCACCUGUGAGGAUGUUGAAAAGGACUUCUUGGCCAGUUUGGGACUUCUCCAGCAUCAGGCCACUCCCAAAGCAGUACUGAGUAUACACAGCAGUACUAAGUGUGAGGGGUCCUUUCACAGUGGAAAAAGUUCUUACAAAUGUGGUGAAUGUGGAAAAGCCUUCUGUCAUAAAUGUACACUUGUUCAGCACCAAAGAAUUCACACUUGAGAAGGACUGCUUGAGUGCAGUGAAUGUGAGAAAACCUUCAGCUAUAAGCAUACAUUUAUUCGGCAUAAGACAGUCCACACUGGAGAAAAGCCUUCUGAGUGUAGUGAGUGUGGAAAGGCCUUCAGGUUCAAAUAUAAACUUGUUCAGCACCUACGUACUCACACUAGAGAAAGGCCUUACGUGUGUAGUGAAUGUGGGAAAGCUUUUGGAUGCAAAUCCAAACUUGUUCGGCACCAGAGAAUUCACACCGGAGCACGACCUUAUGAGUAUGCUGAAUGUGACAAAUUCUUUAGACAAAGUUCCAGCCUCAUUCAACAUUGGAGAAUUCACACUGGAGCAAGGCUUUAUGAAUGUGACAAAUGUGGGCAGUCUUUUAGCCAAAGUUCUAUCCUCAUCCAGCAUCGGAGAGUUCACACUGGAGAAAGGCCAUAUGAGUGCAAUGAAAAUGGGAAAUCCUUUAGACAAAGCUCCAGCCUCAUUCAACACCGGAGAGUUCACACAGGAGCAAGGCCUUACGAGUGUAGUGAAUGUGGGAAAUCCUUUAGCCAAAGUUUUAGCCUCAUUCUGCAUCAGAGAAUUCACACUGGAGAAAGACCUUAUGAAUGCAGUGAAUGUGGGAAAUCCUUUAGCCAAAACUAUAGCCUCAUUCAACACCAUAAACUUCACACUAGAGAAAGGCAUCAGGACUGCAGCCAACCUGAGAAAGUUUUCCGCUGUCUGCUCUGAUUCAACACCAAAAACUUAAUGACUCAAAUCAGUUUUAUGAAUCAGCAGAUGUGGAAAAACCUUCCAUCCAAGAUCUAAACCCAUUCAGCAUGAAAAAGAAAUUCCACAUAAGAAAAUGGCCUUAAACGUUCAGGAAAUAGGCUCUUUCUUUGUUCAGUGUAACAGCACUAGAAAUCCUCUGUGAGGAGCCAUCUACCACGCAUUCCAGUUACAGGAAGUUUUCAGGAGCUGCAUUUCAUAUUCUGACCUGCUCAGACCUUGCCGGAAUUCUGUCACUGCCAGUGGUGGCAGAAGGUAUCUCACCUCUGACACCCAGCAGGUCCUCCUCAUGGCACGCGUGUCACCUUAGCAUGCUCAGAGAAGACAGAUAUUUGUGCUCUUCUGCUCUGUAGUGGAAAUCAUGGUCUGAACCCCUGGGGUGGGAACCUUUUCUCUGACUAGCUAUGGCAUGGACCUGAUCCACUUUUUGCCACAGAACCCAAUCCAGGAACCACUGAUAUUUUGCAAGUUUUACCCUCUUCAUGGCAUUGUUGGUCUUAUGCUAUACUUUUUAUGGAUUUUCCAGCCUCCAAGUCACUGAGGUGGGACCUGUCUUCCUCACAUUUGCUCUGAUAUGUGCAAUAAUAAACAUUUUAUUGA